CCGCAUUCGGACUGGCGGAUCCGCGCGCCCCACGGCGCUCUGAUUGGUGGAGCCGUUCAGGCUCUGGGUCGGGGGCUCGGCGCUCCUUCAGCUCAGCACGCGCCUAGCUGCGGGUCAGGGCCGCCGUAGCACGGUAACUAGGCGUCCGGGCUCGGCUGUAGCUGGGCGCUCCAGUCCGGGGGCUGGGGCAGCUCCCGUGGCUCCCGGUUUCGCCGUACCCCUCUCCACGACCUGAGUCGGGCAUGUUUUCCAGGGCCCAGGUGAAGCGGGUCCUGCAGCGGGUGCCCGGGAAGGAACGAUUCGGCGUCUACAGGUUCCUGCCCUUUUUUUUUGUCCUGGGAGGAACGAUGGAGUGGAUCAUGAUUAAACUGCGUGUGGGCCAGGAGACCUUCUAUGAUGUCUACCGUAGAAAAGCCUCAGAACGACAGUAUCAGAGAAGGCUGGAAAAUGCACCGGAGACUGAACUUCAGCCGUCAAUAAAGUGAAUAUGAAAUUUCA